CCACGUAGUUGUGCAAACGUUUACAAUCCUAGAUUGUACGGUAACUAUCUUGGUAAUUAACGGCGUAAACGUCAUCUCCGCUAUGAGGAGUACAACCCGGAAGUGACAGUUUACGAGCUGCCCUGUGUUUUCAAACAUUUUUGCCACACACGUACCUAAAGCGUAAACGUAAAGCGUUUUAAUGUAUUUUCACUGCAGAUAUGCCACGGUACUGUGCUGUGAAAGUUUGCAGAAACCGCGGGGGAACUGCUUCUAGAAAAGACAACAAGAGAAUUAGCUUCUAUCCGUUUCCCUUGCAAGAUAAGCCCAGGCUUCAGAAAUGGGUGGACAACAUGAAGCGGGAGGAGUGGACCCCGAGUCGACAUCAGUACCUGUGCAGCGAGCAUUUCACGGAGGACUGCUUCGAUAUUCGAUGGGGCAUCCGCUACCUGAAGAACACAGCCAUCCCGACCGUUUUCCCUUCCGCUGAGGAUGAUGGUGAGAAAAAAUUGACUGCCUUUAAAAGAAGCCCCGAGGCCAAACCCAGGACUUUAGACAUUGACACUGAGCCUGCAGGAUUUGACUCUUCUCUCAGUAAAAGGCCUCUCAUUUUGAGCAGAACAUGCAAAAAGGUCCAGUCAAGUACAACAAACAACAUUGUCGCAGAACACACAGAGAUUAUGUUUGAACCCCCUCUGGUGUCUGACACUGGCGUCCCCUGUCACUCAAAUCUCUCAGAGAUACAGCCUGCUGCUUGUGAGAUACCAGGUGACAGUGGAAUUCCGACAGCUUCCUGCCUCGCGCCCCAUUCUGAAGAGCAGGCUGACUCGACCGUGACCGUGUUGUGCUGUGAGGGCCCUUUCUCCAAUGGAGAGGCAAAUGUGAAUGCAGCUGCCAUCCAAGCGGCACUGGGCCGGACUUUUACCUUUGUCCCUGUGGAAAUGGUGGAGGACGAACCCAUGGGCUUCUUUUUGGAGGAGAGGGGACCCGACGAGGGAGAGCACAUUUCUGUUUACGAGCACUCGUACUGCAGACCGGACACGGACAGAGAUCAGCUUUGGAGUAAGAUCUUGACUUUGCAUGCAAAGAUCUUGGAACUGGAUCGCAGGGAGGAGAGCACUGUGGCCAAAAUCCGAGCUCUGGAGACUGAGAUCGCCCUCCUGAAGAGAGAUGGUGCUGUUUUUAAAGAGAAGCAGAAAGUUUUAGAAGAUUAUAUAUCAUCUGUGUUGCUCUGAUUCUGCAAGUGAUUACAAGCUACAGUAUGAACAUGAAAUGAGAUUGUGGAUGUGCAUUUAUUUUAAUUGUUACCACUGAGGUACUGAUAUGUUGCACAUGCUCCCAUACAUAAAGCACAACAGCACUAAUUGUGACUUAUAAAACUUUGUAGGUGCUCUCAUAUUUCCAUAUCACAAUUGUAUAUCUGUUUUUGUCCACAUGGUGGCACUGUAUGACCAUCUUUACAGGAAGUGUUUCAAAGCUAAACUGAGGCAUUGCUUUUCAGCGGCUCUUUGCUAUGAGUUACUGAUACACAUUUACAUCCAAAUCAGUAUUUCAUGAUUCAUGAUCUCAGAUGUGCUCAGUACCGUCUGGUCUGUGUUUGACAAUUGCCUUUGUUACAGUUUCUUGGUCCAUCGUAACAUACCAUCAUUUCAUGGUGUUAUGUGAUGUUUCGUUGGUGUCAUGAGUUCAUUCAUUUGGUUUUCAUAAUUCUUCUUCUUUCUGCUUUAUUUACAUUUGAAUAGCACUUAAGGUACUUUUUAUGAUUCAUGGUGACUAAGAAGGGUUCAGAAAUGCAGCAGGGCACUUUGACAUGACAAGCUUUGCAUUGACACAUGCUGCCUUGUCCUUCAAACUGCACUUUUACUUUUCAUUUACGCGUUCGGCCCUCUUACCACCAGACCACCCUGCUGUACUUUUGUAUUUUAUUUUUUAAAUACCUUGAUAUACAACUGGCAAAAUGAUUUCCUUUUAAGCUCUGGUAUUUAUUUGACUGGAACAGCAACUUCUUGCUGAGUUAAUGCACAUCAGAUCAAUUCUUUUGACUAUGUUCAAACAACAGCAUUCACACAUGUAAUGACACGGACUUCAGUGUCUUGGAAUCACUAGCAAUUAUGUCCAUGUGAUCAGAGGCUCAUUUUAUUUCUGCGCUGUGCAUGAUUGCCAGUAGCACCCUGUGCAAUCUCCUGUAAGUCCAUAAUAUUCUGCUUUACAGAAAAAUCAGCGAUGGAUUUACCUUGAAGGAGAAUAAAGUGUACUGUAAAUGUGUUUCCCAUCGCAUGUGCUGCUCGGGGCGCUGUGUUUGUGUUGGUGAUUGUUUUAAACCCCAAAAUGACAUGAACAUAUACCAGCAGGAGGAUUUAUCUCCCACUUUUACACCCUUGGGCCCUGGAUUAGUCAACAUAAUAUUUUGGCCAAAUGAGUUACCUAAUCCUAUUUGAAGCAGUUUGCCAGAAUGAACUGCGCCAUAGGCUGUCUCUGCACUGUAGCAGGCCUGGUCACAGAAUCUGUGACAGUGUGGAGUGGAUUGUGACCAUGUUAAUAAAACAUUGUAUUUUUGACCCAA